AUGGCUCUAUUGCUCUCUUUUUGGGCAGCCUUGGUGCCAAGUCUGUCUAGCGUUGUAGCUCAACAUCCAAUCCAUUCUUUCGAGACGGCAUGUUCUGCGUUCGCUUCCGCAUUCAACCACCCGGGUGUCAAGGUCCAGUUCAGUCAAUUUCUUCCACAAGGCUACAACUUGUCAAUUACAGAUUACCCUCAAUCAUGCCUUGACUCUCAAGGCUCGUCCCCUGUGCAGAUACUUGGCGCUGAUGUAUGUCGUGUCGCCAUACUCGUGGAUACAUCCGCGAAUAGCAGUAUGACGCUAGAAGCUUGGUUGCCCAAAGCCUGGACAGGCAGAUUCCUAAGCGGAGGCAACGGUGGCUUAAGCGGAUGUAUUCAGUACACCGACUUGUCAUAUGGCUCAUCCUCAGGAUUUGCAACGGUUAGCGGCAAUAAUGGCCAUAAUGGAUCGUCUGGAGCGCCUUUCUACACGCAUCCUGAAGUCCUUGAAGACUAUUCUUACCGCGCAAUCUAUGUAGGGAGUAUUGUUGGCAAGCAGAUAGCUCAAGCCUUCUAUGGUCGCGAUGCUUCCAAGUCCUACUUCAUGGGCUGCUCUGGUGGGGGUCGACAAGGAUUCAAGCUGGCACAAUCUUUCCCGGAAGUGUUUGAUGGUAUCAUCGCUGCUGCUCCCGCACUGGAUUUUGAUAGCUUCAUUGCCUGGGGCGCGCAGCUUAGCUCCAUUGCCGGCUUUGAUACUAAUUCAACCGAGUUUAUCAGCGAAUCGCUUUGGAAGGCCAUUCAUGAGGAGGUGUUGGAUCAAUGCGAUGGUUUAGAUGGCGCACUCGAUGGUAUUAUCGAGGACACAGAUCUUUGCCAUCCGCAAUACGAGCGCCUGAUCUGUAAUGAAACCGCGAACGACUCCUCGAAGUGCUUGACUCGCGCUCAAGUCGGCAAGGUCCGCGCUCUUUAUGAGCCUUUGUACAACGAUAACGGCUCGUUAUUGUAUCCCAAACUCCAGCCUGGAACCGAAACAACUUCCUUCGAUACAUACUUCUCCGGCACACUUUCAAGUCUCUUUUCGGACUGGUUCAAGUAUGUCGUAUACAACCCUACUUUCGAUACUGAGACAUUGAGUCGCGAAGAUCUCAUUGCAGCAGCUUCAUAUGAUCCCUACAAUAUCAGCACCUCUAAGUCAGACCUCUCGGCGUUCGAGCGAAGAGGCGGGAAACUGCUUACCCUGCACGGGUUCGAAGAUAACAUUAUCCCGACGGACAUCAGUACCUCGUACUAUCACCGAGUUUCUGAAGCAAUGUCACGACCCCCUUCUUCUCUGGAUGAGUUUUACCGCUACUUCCGGGUCAGCGGCUUGAGUCACUGCGCACUGGGCAAUGGCGCUUAUAGCGUAGGCAUGUAUUCUUUUGGCCUAAUCCCCAACGCUAUGGAGCAAGACCCUGACGAUAAUGUUCUUUCCCGGAUCGUGGCGUGGGUUGAGCGUGGCGAGGCACCAGAAUAUAUCCGUGGAACUGCCUUUGUCGGUGCAUACCCGGGAUCGGCAAUAGCGUAUAAGCGCAAGCAUUGCAAAUACCCUGCGACGAACAAAUAUGUUGGACAAGGCAGCUUCACAUCUGAAAACAGUUGGACAUGUCUAUAG